AUGGAGGGUGGUGAUAUCAUAGAAGAAGAAGAAGAAGAACAGCAAGUUCAUGAUCAGCAUGGCAGUAAGAAUAUUGGGCUCAAAAGUAAGAAGCUUUCUUGGAAAAAGAUUGAUUCCUUCGAUUUGGAGGCAGCCAGAAUCACCUCAUCAAGUCAAGGCCAUGGAUCUCCUCAGGGCGGAGAGUGGGGAAUUAGCAUAAUGAAGCUAGCAUUCCAGAGCGUUGGGGUUGUAUAUGGUGAUUUGGGCACCUCACCUUUGUAUGUGUUGCCAGGAGUUUUCCCUAAUGGGAUUAAGCACAAUGAUGACAUUCUUGGAGUGCUGUCUCUUAUCUUUUACUCCCUCAUGUCAAUCACUUUGAUCAAGUACGUUUUCAUUGUUCUUGCAGCCAACGAUAACGGUGAUGGAGGAACGUUUGCUCUAUAUUCUCUGAUAUGCCGCUACGCCAAGGUCAGCUUGACGCCCAACCAGCAGGCUGAAGACAAAGAAGUAUCCAACUACCGACUAGAUGUGCCAAACCGGCGGCUCAAGAGGGCAUCCUUUGUGAAGUCCAUGCUUGAGAAGAACCAAACAAUAAAAUACUCCAUCUUGUUCAUCACCAUGCUUGGCACCUCCAUGGUACUUGGAGAUGGAAUCCUCACACCAUGCAUAUCAGUAUUGUCGGCAGUGGGGGGAGUUAAGGAAGCUGCUACUUCUCUUACUGAUAAUACGAUCAUGUGGAUUUCUGUGGGCAUCUUGAUAGUUCUGUUCCAAAUUCAGAGGUUUGGGACAGAUAAAAUAGGCUAUAGUUUCGCUCCAGUACUUACAAUUUGGUUCCUUUUCAUCGCAAUCAUUGGCUUGUACAACUUUGCGAGGCAUGAUCCGGGUGUUAUCAAGGCAGUCAAUCCAAUGUACAUUGUUCAAUAUUUCAACAGGAAUAAGAAGGAUGCGUGGAUCUCUCUUGGAGGCGUCAUCCUAUGCCUGACAGGUUCUGAAGCCUUGUUUGCGGAUCUUGGUCACUUCAGCGUCCGCUCAAUUCGAAUAAGCUCAUGCACUCUAGUGUUUCCCUCCAUUGUCCUUGCCUACUUUGGUCAAGCUUCCUAUCUCCGGAAGCACAAUCAGGAUGCUAGCAAUGCCUUCUAUAGUUCAAUUCCAAAACCGCUAUAUUGGCCGAUGUUUGCUGUGGCUGUAAUGUCAGCCAUCAUCGCUAGUCAGUCAUUAAUCUCAGCUUCCUUCUCCAUCAUCCAACAGUCAUUAGCACUUGGGUGUUUCCCACGGGUUAAGGUAGUUCACACAUCCUCUAAGUACAAAGGACAAGUUUAUGUUCCCGAGAUCAACACCCUUCUCAUGUUGGCUUGUGUGGGUGUCACUCUUGGCUUCAAAAAUACUUUGCAGAUCGGCAACGCUUACGGAAUUGCGGUGUCGUUUGUAUUUACAAUCACAUCUACUUUUCUUAUCCUUGUGAUGAUCAUGAUAUGGAAGACAAACAUAUACUUGAUCAUCAUCUAUGCCCUAACCAUCGGGGUUUUGGAACUCCUAUUUUUGACCUCAGUACUCUACAAAUUUGUUGAUGGAGGGUACCUUCCUUUGUUAUUCGCCUUGACUCUUGUGUCUAUUAUGUAUUUAUGGAACUAUGGCUACCGCAAGAAGUACAUGUACGAGCUGGAUAACAAAGUUUCUAAAGAGAAAUUGGUUGAGAUAGCCUCUGAUCCUACCAUCCUUCGGUUCCCAGGGCUUGCUCUAUUAUACACUGAGCUUGUCCAAGGCAUCUCCCCAAUAUUCACACAUUAUGUUGCCAAUAUUCCAGCUUUGCACUCAGUUCUUGUCUUUGUCUCGAUCAAAUCAUUGCCGAUUAGCACGGUCCCUCUGGAGGAUCGGUUUCUGUUCCGGCGAGUCGAGCCUCAUGGGCUAGGCAUUUUCCGAUGCGUUGUGAGGUAUGGUUAUAAGGAGGGAAGAACUGAUGAGUGGGAGUCUUUUAAGGAGAUGUUGGUGAAUGAGUUGAAGGAAUUCAUACAAAAAUGUGACGAGGAAUCAGACGGUAAGGAAGUAGUGGCGAGGAGAAUUAAUGAAGAAAUGGUGCAAAGAGAGGUGGGAAUAGUGGAUGAUGCACUAACAUCUGGGGAUAUUGUUUAUCUAAUUGGUGAAAAUGAGGUGAUGGCUUCAAAGGGGUCUAGCUUGUUCAAGAUAUUUGCUGUAAAUUACGCCUACAAUUGGUUGAGAAGAUGUGCGAGGCAGGCGGAUGAAGUUUUCAUGAUUCCUCGCAACCGACUUCUCAAGGUAGGGAUGACUUAUGAGGUCUAG